CCAGGAAAUCCACUUCACACUGACAGCUCUCAGGAUGGACUCGUACCUGAUCCAAGUGAACGGCCAUGAUGAUCAUGGAGACCACGCUAUGCUGGACGUUCAUCUCAAGACCAAUGGGAACACCAUACCUCUGGGGAAGGCGAAGGGCCGGAAGCCAAGAUGGGCCGUCAGGGCUUCUGAAAUGUCAAAGAAGACCUUCAAUCCUGUCCGAGCCAUCGUAGACAGCAUGAAGGUGGAGCCCAACCCAAAGAAAGCCAUGAUCUCCUUGUCCUUAGGGGACCCAACGGUGUUCGGAAACCUCCCCACAAACAACGAGGUCACACGGGCUGUGAAGGAGGUUUUGGACUCGGGACGUUGCAAUGGUUACGCUCCAUCUGUUGGAUACCAGUCCUGCCGGGAAGCCGUGGCUGCAUUCUAUACCUGCCCAGAGGCACCGCUGGAGGCCCAGGAUGUCAUCCUAACAAGUGGCUGCAGCCAGGCCAUAGAGCUCGCCUUGGCAGUGCUGGCCAACCCAGGCCAGAACAUCCUGGUGCCACGGCCCGGCUUCUCGCUCUACAAGACUUUGGCGUUGUCUAUGGGGAUUGAGGUCAAACUCUACAACCUCUUGCCAGAGAAGGCCUGGGAAAUUGACUUGAAGCAGCUGGAGUCUCUGGUGGAUGAGAAGACGGCUUGCCUCAUUGUGAACAACCCGUCGAACCCCUGUGGCUCUGUUUUCAGCAAGAGACACCUCCAGAAGAUCCUGGCAGUGGCAUCAAGACAGUGCGUGCCCAUCCUUGCUGAUGAGAUCUAUGGAGACAUGGUGUUUGAUGACUGCAAAUUUGAACCCAUUGCAACCCUCAGCACCAAUGUCCCAAUCUUGUCCUGUGGUGGCUUGGCAAAGCGGUGGCUUGUCCCUGGCUGGCGCAUGGGCUGGAUCCUAAUUCAUGACAGGAGAGACAUCUUUGGUAAUGAGAUCAGAGAUGGACUUGUAAGACUGAGUCAAAGGAUCCUAGGACCCUGUACACUUGUCCAAGGAGCACUGGAACGUAUCUUGCAUCGAACACCCUCUGAGUUCUACCACAACACCCUCAGCAUCCUCAAGUCCAAUGCUGACCUUUGUUAUGCUGCCUUAUCUGCUAUCCCUGGCCUCCGUCCUGUCCGGCCCGCUGGAGCCAUGUACCUCAUGGUUGAGAUUGAGAUGGAGCAUUUCCCUGAAUUUGAAAAUGAUGUGGAGUUCACGGAGCGCCUCAUCUCAGAGCAGUCUGUGUUCUGCUUGCCAGCCACGUGCUUUGAGUACCCAAACUUCUUCCGUGUGGUGAUCACCGUGCCUGAGGAGAUGAUCUUGGAGGCCUGCAGUCGCAUUCAGGAGUUCUGUGAGAUGCACUACCAGGGUGCUGAGGGGGCCCAGGAUCUGGAGUGUGACAAAUAGCCCCAGCUCCCCUCCUGCCUCUGCCAGGCUCAACCUUGUUUUAGGCAGCAGCCGGGGAGGCAGGGCUGCUUCCAGCCAGCCCCACAUGCCCCUGCCUGCAACAGCCACUGUCCUGUUGCUUCACUUUGUGCUCCUCAGACCCUUCAGCACUCUGGGAAGAAGCAACCACUUCUCUCUGCUCCUUCACUGCAGCUUGCAUACCCUCUGGCACCCGGUGCCUUUGGUCAAUACAUCCACUGCGUUUGCCUCUGUGCUGGUCUGUGCUGCCUGUGAGCCAACUGCAGGCAGAGCCUGUGCCAUGGCCCUGCGAGGCCAGUGUGCUUGGCUGCGCUUCCCUGGGGAGGACAAGAGAAGAGCACCCAUCUCUAACUUACCCAUGUCAACCUUCGGAAGCCAGAGCUCUUUAUACUGAGCCCUUUGUGCGACAAAGGGAGUAAGUUAUUGUGACUUUUUUUAUUAAUAAACAGUCUGACGCACCAG